AAGCUGCUGUGUGUGACUCAACUUAUGUCAAUUAUGUCCUCCCUCCCACAAGGCCAAGGACAGAACAAGGAAGUCCUGUUUGUCUUUAAUAAGCAGAUCACCAUGCAGAGCCUUGGCAAGAAGAACCACAGCUCUGUGUCUGAGUUCCUUCUCCUAGGCUUCUCCAGUGAGUUGCAUGUCAGAACCGCCCUGUUCACUUUCUUCCUCCUUCUCUACAUCAUCACCCUUCUGGGCAAUGGACUCAUCAUCACCCUGAUCUACCUGGAUUCACACCUCCACACACCCAUGUACUUCUUCCUCAGCAUCCUCUCCUUGGUGGACAUGAGCUAUGUCACCACCACUGUGCCCCAGAUGUUGGUUAAUAUGGUGCGUCCAAGGAGGAUGAUCUCCUGGGGAGCUUGUGUAGCCCAGAUGUUCAUUUUCUUGGUCCUGGGCAUUGCUGAGUGUGUACUCUAUGCUGUUAUGGCCUACGACAGGUAUGUGGCCAUUUGCUUCCCCCUCCACUAUACCCUGUUCAUGAGCCGUGCCAUCUGUAUCAAGAUGGUCACAGUCUGUUGGCUCAUUAGCACAGCUGGGGCUCUUAUCUACACUGUCUUCACCAUGCGCCUGCCUUAUUGUGGUCCCUACAAGAUAAACCACUUCUUCUGUGAGGUCCCUGCUGUCCUGAAGCUGGCCUGUGCAGACACCUCCUUCAAUGACCAGUUGGAUUUCAUCUUGGGUUUCAUCCUUCUUUUGGUGCCACUGUCCCUCAUCCUGGCCUCUUAUGUCCGCAUCUUUGCCUCCAUCUUGAGGAUCCGCUCAUCCCAGGGUAGGUUCAAGUCCUUCUCCACCUGUAUUUCCCAUGUCACUGUGGUCACCAUGUUCUAUGGGCCGGCCAUGAUCAUGUACAUGAGACCUGGCUCCUGGUUCAACCCAGAGUGGGACAAGAAGUUAGCCCUGUUCUACAAUGUUGUCUCUGCCUUCCUCAACCCCAUCAUCUACAGCCUCCGGAACAAGGAUGUAAAGGGGGCCUUUCUGAAGGUAUUUGGUGGCAGAGGGAAAGCUCAGUGACCCAGGACGUUUCAGAGUUGUCCUGAGUCCUGAGCAGACUUGAUGGGUCUCAUGUGGUUUCAUAAAAUCACAUCAGUUUGCAUCAACUUGAGGCUUCCUGGGGCUGUGAACCAGUGAAAGAGGGUGUGGCCACCCUUAAACUGAAAGUCUUCCCAUUGGUUGGGAAAUUUUCAGCAGCUACCACCCAAUGACCCAGUUAAGUAUUGAAAGCAAAGGAAUUUUACUAUAAAAACUAUAUCCUGCUGUAUGGCUCAAGGUCAUUGCUUUAUUGCUUUUCCUGGGUUCUUCCUUCUCUUUUGUAAGUUCAUGUCAAUGCAAUGUCAUCACAGCCAAAUGCUUAACAUGUACACAUUCUUUUCCACAGUGUAAAGGAUUUAGGGAUGGAAAUCACAUAAAGAGUAUGUAGGUUGUGCAGAGAGACAGCCAUGCACUUACAAAUAGUAUUUAGCAUUGCCCUUUGCAUUAGAUGCUCUAAAGUCUAAGCCACGAUUAUUUUAGACACAGCUGUAUAACAGUAUAGCUAAUAAUUAAUCUGGUCUGGAUUCAACUUGUGAAACUGGCUAUGUCCUGGUUUUACAUUUUAAAUUUCACUUUGAUUUUGAGAAAAUAAAUAUAUAUUUCAUAAAAUAAAAAUAUAUGUGUUUAUAUAUAUCUGUA